CCCAGAAAUUUCCCCCAACAUUCACACAUUUUCGCAUUUUCUACCGUAACUGACCACAACACCCGUGGACCCCGGAAGACAGCUACUCGACCGAUAAGCACAUUUCGCAUCUGAUUGACGUCUCCGUUUAACUUGCGAUAACAGCUUUUCCGUCUGAUCGGAUUCAGCUCGUUCUUUCGAUAUUUAUAUAUCGUCUAUCGUCUGUUGUCUUGUCGUCUCUUAUCAAUCUAGACGACGACAACGACGCGACAACGACAAGGACAGCGAUAAUCGCCAUCAUGUCGGACGACGACGUCGAAGUCACCGGUACGCGUGGUUCGCGUCGCAAUGCCGACAGACGGACCCCGCGAUUCAGCUGGAACCUCGCAUAUGAGGAGACCUUCUUUAGGUCGCUAUGUGAAUCCAUGUCGAUGGGUUAUAAAGAGAACCACAGCUUCAAGUCAGGCGCCUGGGAACGAGCAGCUAUUACUUUACGCGACAAGCAUGGCGCUUAUCCCGAGAAAAGUCACUUGAUUAACAAAGCCGACAAUGCGCGUAAGAAGUUCCGGAUGUGGAGAGGUCUACGAGAAGACCCUGAAUUUCUCUACAACCCCACCACCAGAAUGGUCACCGCGAGCGAGGAAGCUUGGCAACGUCAUUUUAAUAGAGAGCCACUCUCUAAGGCCCUCAGGGGUCGCCCUUUCGACCAUGAAGAAUUCAUGGAGAUUCUGUUUCCCGAUGUCGUGGGAUCUGGUGGUGCGCCUAAGCGAAUCAUGAAGCCGAGACGAAGGAACCCCGAUGGUACAUUAUCUGCCAGACCAAGCACCGCAUCUGCAGCUGCGGAUCAGUCAGUCAUCCAUCCCUCUCUCGAUGGGAGCAUAUACGCUCAGACCCCUACGCACAACCCGAUACAGCAGACACAGCCAUUAAGUCAACCGAUACCGACGCCUUCUAUGUCGCAGCCUAUGCAACGACCCUCAUCGACCACCAUUCCACCCCGAUCAUCUCUUAAUUCAAACCCGAGUGCACUCACCCCGCCGGAUGAGCAAGUACCAAACACCCAGGCGCAAAAGCGCCCCAACCCUAACCCCAGCCCGAUGUAUCCCGAGAAGCGUCGGGGUAGGCCCUCGCGCUUCUCAACCAACUUCUACACCCAGCAAUCCACGACACCAUCAUCAUCUUCCGCCGCCCAGCACGCUGCCACCCCGGCAGCGCCGCAAGGUUCCCAACCUGUCUUUGCCCCUAACCCCGGAUUUAUAGAAGACAGCAUACUGUCCCUUGCCGAAGCUCUCAAAGCUCGGUCUCCCCCCAAAUGGUCGGAGCAGGCAGUAGAGAUCUUUUUUGCCGAGUUCGCCGAUGAGGAUGCCGAUCUCCAGCUCAAGAUCGCGGAGAAAGCCCUCACGGACGAAAACAAAGCUAUGGUCUUCGUUAAGAUGACGCCGAUUCUUCGGCGACAUUGGGUCGGUCGGUUGAGAGAAGUUCACAUGCGUAAUCUUGGUGGAGGACUUGGUCUAGGAGGACGAGUUGGCGAGGAGGCUUCUUGAAGGUUGUUUCCAAUUGCCUUACCGAAAGUGGUGUUGAGAUGAACGUGGUUAGGUGACGGAGUUUGGUGAAUGGGCGUUUUAGGCGGAUAGCAAGUUAUGGUAGGCUUAUCGGUUGGUGUUUCAUGAAAAGCUCUAGGGAGGCUUGGCUUCAAGGUCGGAUAUUGCUGGUGAGAUCAAUCACGACAUCGAAGUCGAGACGAUCGAUAACCCCGAUUCUCGUUUUGCUGCGGUACCAUCAUCUUUCGAGCACGUAUAUACUGUUUUGUUACGCGUAAUGAUAGUGUUCAUAGGCGUACCGGAUGCCAUUCCAGGAAAAGCUUCAGUUCUCAUGAGUCUAGGCUCACAUAGAUAACUCAAUUUCAUCGGUAUUACAUUCUUGUACCAUACUUACCGUGGUACUAGCUAGCAGGAUGAUCCAAUGCUGCUACGCCACGAAGACUCUGUGAUAGGUUGCCAUACUUCUGCAGUCUGUUGAUAAACGUUUGUCAUGGCGAACCGGUUCGUUAAACUCUACUGAAUUCAGAGAUAUGAUUGCCCGGCCCCGUACUGUGCUCACGCAGAUACUACAUAGGACAGAAACGUGCUUCAGGAUGAUUACCUACCUACCUACAUACGCUGUCAAAUUCCUAGC